CGACAAGAAAAUAGAGAUGGCUGCUGCCGAGGGCCCGGCGGAUUUUCGACUGGAGUACAUCGGGCUCUUCGUUCAGAAAUCGCUGAAGCUGAAGCCGGAGAAAUGGAGCAGAUUGCUGCUCACCGAAGAAUACAGGAACGCCGUGCUGGAUUUCCUUGAUAAUCCUCUGCCAGCUGCGCUCUUGGUCGCGCUCACGCCCAACGCUCAAUUGGUCGCGUCUUCUUCCUUUCCCAUACCGUGCCAAAGAACCAAAGGUAUCUACGCGGUGAAGGUGAAGCAGACGGCAUUGUCUAAAGAGAAGGACGCCUGUUCCUCCGAGCUGAUUUUGGGAGACUUGUCAUCCCGAGUCGUCGACCAGUUAGCCACUCUGGUGGACAACGUCUUCGCUCCUCUUCUCACCAAAUCGGAAAAUCAUAAGGAUCUGCCUGACGUCGCUAUCCAGGAUAUCUCUAGACACGUUCAUUCUCUUCGCGGUACUCUGUACCAAGUGAAAGGUCAAGUGAACGGGAGAACGGUACUCCCGAUGCCAGCUGGAUUAGAAAAGGUGUCAGAGGUGGAGAAGCUGGUGCGCGCCGAGGGCGCACAGGCCGCCGACCUGUACUUGAAAAGUGCCAUCGAAGGAGUCGUGAUAAAAUGGGCCUAUUUGGUGAACGACGUCGUCACCCAGGAUUCCGGCGCAGCUUUCGAAAACAAUCAGAAUCCUACGCCUGACGUAGAGCUCGAGUACUGGUCCACCAGACUAGCCAAUUUAAGAUAUAUUUAUGAUCAACUGCAAGAGGAUCGCGUGAAGAAAAUGUCGAGCAUUCUCGAGCGAACGGACAGCGCGUACUUUCCCUGUUUCCGGAAUCUGUUCGCGAACGUGGUCUCUUCGAUGGCCGAAGCGAAAGAGGUGUCUCUGUAUCUAUCCCCGUUGGCCAAGUGCUUCAAAGCGGUCGAGGAGCUCGAUUUCUCCGAGGCUAAGCCGUUAAUGGCCACGCUGGUACACUCGGUCGGAUUAGCCUGGUCGAGAUCCAGCUACUAUCAGACCUCGUCCAAGGUUAUCACCAUGCUUCGACAGAUUUGCAACCUGUUGAUACAAGAGGCUCGCCGAUUCCUCGACCCCAGUUCAAUUUUCCAGAGCGACGUCGACGAGGCUCUGCAACGGGUCCAGAUAUCGCGAGGCGUUCUUGAGGAAUUCAAACGGCAAUUCGAGUUGAGAAAAGACGCGCCAGGGAAGCCCGACGCUCCGCCGUGGAACUUUAAUUCCAGCGCCGUUUUCACUCGACUGGACUUAUUCCUGAAGCGGCUGGUCGACAUAGAAUGUUUGUUCAACACAGUGAUGGAGUUCUCCAAGCUGGAGAAGAUCGAGAUCGGUGGGAUUCUGGGACGAUCCCUCAGCAUCAGGAUCGUGAACGUCUACAAAGAGUUCCAGCAUCUGUUCGUAUCUUUCACUGUGCGGGCGAACGAUGCCCUCGAGCCUGACGACGAAUCCUUCGCUCUAGAUUGCGCGAGGUUCAACGAAUCGAUCACCGAACUCGAUAGCAAGUUGGCAGCUAUCCUCUGUCAAGCUUUCGACGACUGUGGAAAUCUUGAGAGCGUCUUCAAGUUGAUAAACAUCGCGGGGACGGUGUUGGACAGACCGGUGAUAAGCAAAGAGUUCACGAACAGAUAUACUAGAAUCCUGGAUCUGUUGAACAUCGAAUUGACGGUGGUCGAAGUACUUUUUCAUCGCGGUACCAGAGGCGCGUUAAUCGAUCUCCCGCCUCUGGCAGCAGCCCUGACGUUCACCAGCAUGCUGAGGCAACGUGUCGACCUGCCUGUUCAAUCCUUCAAAAAUUUACAACAUCCAAUUGUGAACAGCGAGGAGGGCAAGAACAUAGAGAACCGUUACGAGAGGCUCGUCAAGAUUUUCAGCGACAAAGAAAAAGAAUUAUUCACGGAAUGGGCACAAACAGUUCCGAAUACCGUCGACGUUGGACUAAAUCGCAAUAUUCUAGCUCGCGAAAAGGAUUCGACAUUAUUAUUAAACUUUGACCCCGAACUUCUGGGUGUUCUCAGGGAGGUGAACUACUUGAAGCAAAUGUCGCGGUCCGACAUCCCCGAAGAGGCGAUAAAGGUAUCAGAGAACGUGGAGAUGUUCCGGAAGUAUCGAACAUUGCUCGCGGCCACGGUCAGAUCGUACAACAACGUCUGCAAGCUGACCAAACGAGUCGAGUUCCAGUUGAUCGCGAACGAAGUGAGCAAGAUCGAUUCCCUUGUCUCUCGAGGCGAGACGGAGCUGUGCUGGAAGUCAGACGGACUUCUGGAAUAUAUCUCGGAGCUGGGCGAGCUCGUGGAGGGUCUGUGGAGCCGGAUCAAAGCGGCACAGAUGAACGUCGAGAAGGUGAAGGCGAUUCUGAAUACUUGGACGAGGACGCCGUUGAUCGAGAGGAAAGACCGUCGGAAAGACGCGUUAUUGUCGUUCGACGAACGUCCGGAGAAAGUGUCGAGACGGUACGAAGAAGUCGAGAGGGCAGCCGAGCAGAUUCACUGGUUGUUAAAAGAAAACGAAUCGCUUUUUCGAGUCGUGGACGAGACGGAGGAAGCCUGGCGGAGGUACGUGGUCUACGUCGACGUCAUCGUGAUGGAAUCUCUUCGAAAGGCCGUAGGAUGCUCGUUAGGAUACGUGGUAGACAAUAUGGAAUCGAACGAUCGGUCGGUACCGCUGUUGGAAGCAAAGUUAGAACUCAGAGAACCUGACCUCUACUACGUACCGUCUUUGGAACCCGAAGAUCCGGACAGUUUGGAUCAAUUGAUCCUAGGACUGUUGAACGAUAUCAUCGGAAUGGCUGCGCUGAUGCCAAGAUUGAAGAAAGAUUCCGUCGGGUAUGCCGAAGAGUUAGAAGAGGACGCGGACAUAAAAGGAAUGAAGGACGAGAUCAUGAGCAACGUUGGAACUGCGAUCGAAGAAGCCACGGAAUUCUGCAGCAACUUUGAAGGAUACGCGUAUCUCUGGCUGGACGACCGAGACAUGGUGAUGCAACAGUUCCUCGAGUACAGUCGACAAUUGACGAUCGAGGAAAUGGAGAUGGUGGCCGUGCAGGAUCCCAAGGGGCCGCCGCGGUCACCGCCGAAAAUGGAGCAAUUCCGCGAGCAAAUCGACCUUUACGAGGGCCUCUAUCUCGAGAUCGAGGAAAUGGAACCGUCGAAAGUGUUUUGCGGCUGGUUCAGGGUCGAUCUCAGACCCUUCAGACAGUCCGUGCUGAACAUGGUCUGCAAAUGGUCCAGCAUGUUCAAGCGGCAUCUCGUCGACCGCGUUACCACCAGCCUCUCCGAUUUAGGAACUUUCAUAAGACGAGCGGACGAGGGUUUGCUUCAGCCGGUUCAACCAGGCGACUACGCCCGCCUCGUCAGCGUGAUGGGCUAUCUAUUGCAAGUGAAAGAGAGACAGUCGACCACCGACGAGAUGUUCCAGCCAUUGGAGGAGACGAUCGAACUGCUGAAAUUUUAUGACCAGGACAUUCCCGAGGAAGUGAACGUUCUCCUUCAAGAACUGCCGGAGCAAUGGGCCAACACUAAGAAACUGGCGCUCAUGGUCAAGCAGCAGGUGGCCCCGUUGCAAGCAGGCGAGGUGUCGAGGAUCCGCGGACGGAUAGCCGCGUUCGAUACGACGAUCACGCAUUACAGAGAAGCUUUCCGACGAUACAACUUCUUCAAAUACGAUUGCCAGAAUCCUUACGAGUUACUAGACGAAGCUCACAGAGAGAUCCUGAUGCUGGAACGUCAGAUGAAGGACAUCCAAGAAUCAGCCUCGCUGUUCGAGGUGAUGGUACCAGAGUUCAAGAUAUUGAAGCAAUGUAGAAAGGAGUUGAAGAUGCUGAAGCAGCUCUGGGAUUACGUGAACAUCGUCAGGAGCAGUAUCGAAGGGUGGAAGACCACACCGUGGAGGAAGAUUGACGUGGAGAACAUGGACAUCGAGUGCAAGAAGUUUGCUAAGGAGAUACGAGCGCUGGACAAGGAAAUGAGGUCGUGGGACGCUUACGUGUCGCUAGAAGCGACCGUGAAAAACAUGCUGACGUCUCUGAGAGCUGUGGCGGAGCUACAGAACCCUGCGAUCAGGGAAAGACACUGGAGGCAGUUGAUGAACAGCACCAAGAAACUGGGCGACAUGACUCCAGAAAUGACCGUACGAUUCGUCAUGGACGAUUCCACCACGCUGGCGGAUCUUUUGGAAUUGAAUCUCCACGAGUGCGAGGAGGAAGUGAAGAACAUCGUGGACAAAGCCGUGAAGGAGAUGUCGAUGGAAAAAUAUAUGAGAGAGCUGAACGUUACGUGGUCGAAAAUGGAGUUCGAGAAAGAGAUUCACGGUAGGACCGGCGCUACAUUGAUAAGAGCCAGUGAAGAAUUGAUAGAGACUUUGGAAGAAAACCAGGUUCAAUUGCAAAAUCUGAUCACCUCGAAAUUCAUCGCGCACUUCCUCGAGGAGGUGUCCAGCUGGCAACGAAAGCUGAGCAUCGCGGAUCAAGUGACCACGAUCUGGUUCGAGGUGCAACGCACCUGGAUGCACUUGGAGAGCAUCUUCACGUCCUCGGAGGACAUACGAAAACAGCUGCCAGUAGACGCGGAAAGGUUCGACCGGAUCGAUAAGCAGUUCAAAGAGAUGACCGAGGAACUAGCUAAGACCCCGAACGUCAUUGAAGCUACGAACAAAGACGGCCUGGUAUCUAUUCUCGACGUCCUACAGAAAGAGCUGGUGCUUUGCGAGAAAGCGUUGGCCGAGUAUUUGGAAACUAAACGUCUCGCGUUCCCGAGAUUCUAUUUCGUUUCCUCUAGCGAUUUGCUAGACAUUCUGUCGAAUGGGAAUCAACCAGAAGCUGUGGCCAAGCAUCUCACGAAACUGUUCGAUUCUAUGGCACGGUUGAAGUUCGACGACACUCCUGGCUCGUCGAAACGCGUAUUCGGUAUGUUCGCCAAGGACGGAGAGUACGUGGAAUUCGCGAACUGCGAGAUGACCUGCGAGGGACCAGUGGAAGCAUGGUUGAAUCGAUUGCAAAGGUCUAUGAAGACCACUAUUAGGCACUAUUUCAGCGAGGCUGUGACUGGAUACGAGGAGAAGCCACGAGAACAAUGGCUGUUCGACUACCCUGCCCAAGUCUCCCUCUGCGGCACGCAGAUCUGGUGGACCACCGAGGUGAACAUCGCGUUCGCCAGAUUAGAAGAAGGCUACGACAACUCCUUGAAGGAUUAUCUGAAGAAGCAGAUAUCUCAGUUGAGCAUACUGAUCACGCUGCUGAUCGGCGAGCUGACCAAACAGGAGAGGCAGAAGGUGAUGACUAUCUGCACGAUCGACGUUCACUCGCGAGACGUCGUGGCCAAGCUGGUCCAGUCGAAAGUGGAGACGUCGCAGGCGUUCCAAUGGCAAAGUCAACUGCGCCACCGGUGGGACGAGAAGGAGAAGGAUUGCUUCGCUAAUAUUUGCGACGCUCAGUUCAAAUACUCUCACGAAUACCUCGGAAAUACUCCCAGAUUAGUCAUAACGCCCCUGACGGACAGGUGUUACAUAACUCUGACUCAGUCCCUUCAUCUGAUCAUGGGAGGUGGUCCCGCCGGACCGGCCGGCACCGGGAAGACGGAAACGACCAAAGAUCUGGGCAGAGCUUUAGGGAUAAUGGUGUACGUGUUCAACUGUUCCGAGCAGAUGGACUACAAAUCCUGCGGCAACAUAUUCAAAGGAUUGGCCCAGACCGGCGCCUGGGGCUGUUUCGACGAGUUCAACAGAAUCACCGUCGAGGUACUGUCCGUGGUCGCCGUGCAAGUGAAAUCGAUUCAAGACGCCAUUCGAGACAAGAAGGAGAAGUUCAACUUCAUGGGCGAGAUCAUCGGUCUAGAGACCACUGUCGGUAUCUUCAUUACCAUGAAUCCUGGUUAUGCGGGACGCACGGAGCUUCCGGAGAAUCUGAAAGCCCUGUUCCGGCCCUGCGCGAUGGUCGUUCCCGACUUCGAGCUGAUUUGCGAGAUCAUGCUCGUGGCCGAGGGAUUCCAAGAUGCUAGAAUCUUGGCUAGGAAGUUCAUCACGUUGUACACCUUGUGUAAGGAACUGCUGUCGAAGCAGGAUCAUUACGACUGGGGUUUGCGCGCGAUAAAGUCGGUACUGGUGGUAGCUGGGAGCCUGAAGAGAGGCGAUCCCGGCAGACCGGAAGAGCAAGUGCUGAUGAGAGCUUUGCGUGACUUUAACAUCCCCAAAGUGAUCUCCGACGAUCUUCCUGUCUUCAUGGGUCUGAUAGCAGAUCUGUUUCCCGCGCUGGACGUUCCCCGAAAACGGGACGUCGAGUUCGAGAAGAUGGUGAAACAGGCAGCAGCCGAUCUGCUGCUGCAACCGGAGGACGGGUUCAUUCUCAAAGUCGUCCAACUGGAGGAAUUACUGGAAGUGAGACACUCGGUUUUCAUCGUCGGUAUCGCCGGGUCUGGCAAGACGCAAGUCUGGAAGACUCUCUUCAGAACGUAUCAGAACAUGAAGAGAAAACCUGUUUACAACGAUCUCAAUCCGAAAGCUGUGACCAACGACGAACUGUUCGGGAUAAUUAAUCCAGCGACUAGAGAGUGGAAGGAUGGUUUGUUCUCGGUGAUCAUGAGGGAACAAGCUAACUUGGGCGGUGAGAAUCCAAAAUGGAUCGUCUUGGACGGUGACAUUGACCCGAUGUGGAUAGAAUCGUUGAACACUGUCAUGGACGAUAAUAAAGUUCUGACUUUGGCUAGCAACGAGAGGAUAGCUUUGACGCCCGUCAUGAGAUUACUCUUCGAAAUCUCGAAUUUGAGAACCGCGACUCCGGCCACGGUUUCCCGAGCAGGUAUCCUGUACAUAAAUCCUCAGGACCUGGGCUGGAAUCCUUACGUCACCAGCUGGGUGGAGAGGAGAACGUCUCCCAUCGAGAAAUCCAAUUUAGUCAUGCUCUUCGACAAAUAUAUUCCAGCGUGUCUGGAGACGCUGAGGAGCAGGUUCAAAAAAAUAACACCGAUCGCCGAUAUGGCGCACGUGGAGAUGCUCUGUCAUCUUCUGCACUGUCUAUUGAAGCUCGAAUUGACGGCAACUGACUUCUUGAAGGAACACUACGAGCUGUACUUCGUAUUUGCAGCUGUGUGGGCUUUCGGUUCCUCAAUGUUUCAAGAUCAAAUGGUCGAUUAUAGAGUGGAGUUCAGCAAGUGGUGGACCAAUGAAUUCAAGCAGAUCCGGUUUCCAUCCCAAGGCACUGUGUUUGAUUACUACAUCGAUCCCGAGACGAAGAGCUUCGCUCCUUGGACAGAACGUCUACCGAAGUUCGAAUUGGAUCCUGAGAUGCCUCUGCAAGCUGUUUUGGUCUACACCGCGGAGUCCAUUAGAAUCAAAUACUUCCUGGACUUGCUGAUGGCUGAGAAACAUCCGGUGAUGUUGGUCGGGACAGCAGGAUCCGGGAAAACUGUCCUCGUCGCGGAGAAACUGUUACAACUGCCCGAGAAUUAUGCGGUGGCCAAUGUCCCGUUCAAUUUUUACACUUCCUCCGAGAUGCUUCAGAAGAUCUUAGAGAAACCUUUGGAGAAGAAAGCCGGAAGGAAUUACGGGCCACCGGGUAAUAAAACUUUGGUGUACUUCGUCGACGACAUGAACAUGCCGGAAGUGGACGCUUACGGAACCGUUCAACCGCACACUUUAAUUCGUCAGCAUUUGGAUUACGGCCAUUGGUACGACAGGACCAAACUGACGUUAAAGGACAUCCACAAUUGCCAAUACGUCAGUUGCAUGAAUCCUACGGCGGGCUCUUUCACUAUCAACCCACGAUUACAGAGACAUUUCUCUGUGUUCGCCGUCAGUUUUCCUAACAUUGAAUCACUGACGACUAUCUACGCGUCUAUUCUGAGUCAACACUUGUCGAACAUCGAACACAGAUUCCCUCCUAGCGUCACUGAUCUGUGUAACAACAUUGUCCAAGCAUCGAUUCAACUGCACCAUCGCUGCGCUCAAAUGUUCCUUCCCACGGCAGUCAAGUUCCACUACAUCUUCAACCUCCGCGACUUGUCCAACUGUUUCCAGGGUUUGUUAUUCAGCGGGAACGAAUGUCUACAAUCUUCUGUGGAUCUGAUCAGACUCUGGCUCCACGAGACGCAUCGCGUUUACGGGGACAAGUUGACAGAUGAGAAAGAUAUAGAAAGUUUCUCAAAAUUGCAGUUGGACAUCUUGAAGAAGAACGUGGAGGAAGUCGACGAGGGAGCCAUCUUAGAGAAGCCUAACAUUUAUUGCCAUUUCGCAGGCGGAGUGGGAGAGCCAAAGUAUAUGCCGGUUAAGGACUGGGCGACUUUACACCGAUUGCUGUCGGAGGCGAUGGUCAGCUACAACGACCUUGUGGCAGCGAUGAAUCUGGUGUUGUUCGAGGACGCGAUGAUGCACGUGUGCAGGAUAAACAGGAUCCUGGAGUCGCCCAGAGGCAGCGCGCUGCUCGUCGGCGUGGGUGGCUCCGGCAAGCAAAGCUUAUCGCGAUUGGCCGCGUUCAUAAGCACGCUGGAGGUGUUCCAGAUCCAACUGAAGAAGGGUUACGGUAUCGCGGACUUGAAGUUGGAGCUGGCCGCGUUGUACACCAAGUCCGGACUGAAAAAUCUGGGCAUCGUGUUCCUGAUGACCGACGCCCAAGUGGCCAAUGAACAGUUCCUCGUUCUGAUCAACGACAUGCUCGCUUCUGGCGAGGUUCCAGAUUUAUUUGCCGAGGACGAGGUGGAGAACAUAAUAGCAGGGGUUCGAAACGAGGUAAAGGGCGCCGGGAUGCUAGACACCCGAGAGAACUGUUGGAAGUUCUUCAUCGACCGGGUGCGCCGUCAGCUGAGGAUAGUGCUUUGCUUUUCCCCUGUAGGAUCCACUCUAAGGGUGCGCUCGAGGAAAUUCCCGGCGAUAAUAAAUUGCACGUCGAUAAACUGGUUUCACGAAUGGCCGCAGGAAGCCUUGAUGUCCGUGUCGAAAAGGUUCUUGCAGGAGUUGGACGAACUUCCGGAAAGUUACAGGGAAUCGGCGGCGAGGUUCAUGGCCCACGCGCACACGAGCGUGAACGCAGCUAGCAGACAUUACUUGGCCAGCGAGCGGCGAUACAAUUACACCACGCCGAAGUCGUUCCUCGAGCAGAUCAGUCUGUACACUAGAUUGUUGAAGUCGAAGGCGAGCGAGCUUCGAGGCAGAGUAGCGAGGCUGGAGAACGGACUGGAGAAGCUUCGCUCGACAGCGGUACAGGUAGACAAACUGAAGGAGAAGCUCGCCGUUCAGGAAGUGGAAUUACAGCAGAAGAACGAGGCCGCGGAUGCUCUGAUCGCUAUCGUUGGCAUCGAGACAGACAAAGUGCAGAAGGAAAAGGCGAUCGCCGACGAGGAGGAGUCGAAGGUCGCCAUAAUAGCUGAGGAAGUAUCGAAAAAGCAGAAGGACUGCGAGGCGGACUUGAUGAAGGCAGAGCCGGCGUUGUUAGCCGCUCAAGAGGCUCUGAACACACUGAACAAGGCGAACCUCACGGAACUGAAGUCGUUCGGUUCGCCACCGGGGGUUGUAACGAACGUCACGGCCGCAGUUAUGGUCCUCUUGGCCCCGGGAGGCAGAAUACCGAAGGACAGAAGCUGGAAAGCUGCCAAGAUCACGAUGGCGAAGGUCGACACUUUCCUGGAUGCGUUGAUCAACUACGACAAGGAGAACAUCCAUCCGGAGGUGAUCAAAGCGAUUCAACCGUAUUUGAAGGACUCGGAAUUCGAGCCGGAAUUCGUCAGAUCCAAGUCCGCCGCCGCGGCCGGUCUCUGCGCCUGGGUCAUCAACAUAAUCAAAUUCUACUGCGUGUUCUGCGACGUCGAACCGAAACGCAAAGCCCUGGCUCAAGCAAACGCGGAGCUGGCCGCCGCCCAGGAGAAGUUGAGCGGGAUCAAACGCAAAGUUGCCUCGCUGGAGGAACAAUUGGCGAAGUUGACGGCGGAUUUCGAGCAGGCGACCGCGGAGAAGCUCAAGUGUCAACAAGAGGCCGACGCCACGAACGCCACGAUUGCUCUCGCGAAUAGACUGGUCGGCGGUCUCGCGUCGGAGAACGUGCGUUGGGCAGACUCGGUCGCGAGUUUCAUGCAACAAGCGUCGACGUUGCCGGGGGACGUGCUCCUGGUCACGGCGUUUAUUUCCUACGUCGGGUGCUUCACGAAGCAAUUUCGGCAGGAUCUGCUGCAUAAGCAGUGGCUGCCGUUUUUGCGCGGCUUAGAGCCGACGGUUCCGAUCACGGAGGGGUUGGACCCCUUGUCGUUGCUAACGGACGACACUCAGAUAGCCAAAUGGAACAACGAAGGACUGCCGAACGAUCGGAUGUCGACGGAGAACGCGACCAUUCUGACGAAUUCGGACCGAUGGCCUCUAAUGAUCGACCCUCAGCUUCAGGGUAUCAAAUGGAUCAAACAGAAAUACGGGGAGGAGCUUCGCGUGAUUAGGCUAGGCCAGAAGGGUUACUUAGACGUGAUAGAGCAGUGUCUGGCGACCGGGUCGACCGUCCUCGUCGAGAACAUCGGCGAGACCGUGGACCCGGUGCUGGAUCCGCUCCUGGGCAGAAACUUGAUUAAGAAGGGUCGGGCGAUUAAGAUCGGCGACAAGGAGGUCGAAUACGAUCCGCUGUUCAGAUUAUUGUUGCACACGAAGCUGGCUAAUCCCCAUUACAAGCCCGAGAUGCAGGCACAAACUACUCUAAUUAAUUUCACGGUAACGAGGGAUGGUCUGGAGGAUCAAUUACUCGCCGAGGUAGUGAAAGCCGAGCGACCGGAUCUCGAAGAGCUCAAGGCUGAGCUAACCAGACAGCAAAACGAUUUCAAGAUUACGCUCAACAGUUUGGAAGACUCGCUCUUAUCCAGAUUGUCGUCGGCGGGUAGCAACGUUCUCGGGGACACUUCGUUAGUAGAAAACUUGGAGACGACAAAAAGAACCGCUGCAGAAAUCGAAUCGAAGGUGACGGAAGCUCGUGGGACUAGUAGAGAGAUCGACGCAGCGAGGGAACUAUAUCGACCAGCCGCGGCCAGGGCUUCUCUGAUCUACUUCAUCCUGAACGAUCUGAACACGAUCAAUCCGAUCUAUCAGUUCUCUCUGAAAGCUUUCAGCGUCGUGUUCCAGAAAGCCAUCUCGAAAGCGGACCCGGCGCCGGACGUGUCCGGUCGCGUGAAGAAUCUGAUCGAGUGCAUCACCUACUCCGUGUUCAUGUACACGAGCAGAGGGCUGUUCGAGUGCGACAAGCUGAUAUUCGCCUCGCAAAUGGCGUUUCAAAUAUUGCUGGCGAGGAACGAGGUCACGCCCGGCGAGCUGGACUUCCUCUUGCGAUUCCCUGUCACCCCGCACGUCACCUCCCCCGUCGACUUCCUUACGAACACCAGCUGGGGUGGAAUCAGAAGCCUCGCCAGCAGGGAGGAGUUCCGCAAUUUGGACAGAGAUAUAGAGACUUCGGCGAAGAGAUGGAAGAAGCUCGUGGAGUGCGAGUGCCCGGAACGGGAGAAAUUCCCGCAGGAAUGGAAAAACAAGACGACCAUUCAGCGUCUCUGCAUGCUGAGAGCGCUGCGACCCGACAGAAUGACCUACGCGAUUGCCGCAUUUAUCGAGGAGAAGCUCGGCCCGAGGUACAUCGAGGGAAGAACCGUAGAGUUUGCGAAAUCCUUCGAGGAGACCAGCCCCUCCACGCCAAUCUUUUUCAUCCUAUCUCCCGGAGUGAACCCUCUGAAGGACGUGGAAGACUUGGGUCGUCGUUUAGGCUACUCGCUGGACGAUCAAAACUUCCACAACGUGUCCUUAGGCCAGGGACAAGAGACCGUCGCGGAGCAAGCGAUGGACGUGGCUGCGAAGAACGGACACUGGGUAGUGUUGCAAAACAUUCAUCUCGUGAAAAAGUGGCUACCACUAUUGGAAAAGAAACUGGAAAUAGCAGCGGAAGGCUCGCAUCCCGCUUACCGAGUGUUCAUGAGCGCCGAACCAGCCAGCACGCCAGCGGGUCACAUAAUUCCUCAAGGAAUUCUGGAGUCGUCGAUCAAGAUUACGAACGAACCACCGACGGGGAUGCAAGCGAAUCUGCACAAAGCUCUUGACAAUUUCACCCAAGAGACGCUGGAGAUGUGCAGUAAGGAGGCGGAGUUCAAGGCCAUCCUAUUUUCCCUUUGUUACUUCCACGCGGUGGUCGCGGAGAGACGGAAAUUCGGUCCUCAGGGCUGGAAUAAAAUUUAUCCAUUCAACGUCGGGGACCUGCACAUCAGCGUCAGCGUGCUCUACAAUUAUUUAGAGGCGACGUCCAAGGUGCCUUGGGAGGAUUUGAGGUACUUGUUCGGCGAGAUUAUGUACGGCGGCCAUAUAACAGACGACUGGGACAGGAGACUGUGCGUCUCUUAUCUCGAGGAACUGAUGCAACCGGAAUUGGUCGACGGGGAACUUCAGUUAGCGCCGGGAUUCCCAGCGCCACCGAAUACAGAUCUGGUCGGCUAUCACGCGUACAUCGACGAGGCGAUGCCCCCAGAGUCGCCCUAUCUGUACGGUUUGCAUCCGAACGCUGAGAUCGGUUUUCUAACCAUGACUGCUGAGAAUUUAUUCAAAACGGUGUUCGAGAUGCAACCUAGGGACGCGGGAAGCUCCGGAGGGCAAACAGUUACCAGGGAAGAUAAGGUGAAACAAGUGCUGGACGAGAUAAUGGAGAAACUUCCGGAUGAGUUCAACAUGGCAGAGAUAAUGGGGAAAGUGGAGGAGAGGACGCCGUACGUGAUCGUCGCGUUCCAAGAGUGCGAGCGAAUGAACUACCUGACCACCGAGAUAAAGCGGUCGCUGCGCGAACUGGAUUUAGGUCUGAAGGGAGAGCUGACCAUUACCUCGGACAUGGAGGAUCUAGAGAACGCAUUGUUCCUCGACCAAGUGCCACCGGUCUGGGCCAGCAGGGCUUACCCUUCGUUACUGGGACUCGCGGCCUGGUUCGUCGAUCUCCUGCUGCGAAUCAGGGAGCUGGAAACUUGGUCGACCGAUUUUGUCUUGCCAUCUUCGGUCUGGCUGGCUGGCUUCUUCAAUCCGCAAUCCCUGCUCACGGCUAUCAUGCAGUCGACCGCCAGGAGGCAAGAACUCCCGCUCGAUAAAAUGUGCUUGCAGUGUGACGUAACGAAGAAGAACAAAGAGGAGUUCACGUCGGCUCCCAGAGACGGGGCGUACAUUCACGGGAUCUUUAUGGAAGGAGCCCGAUGGGAUGUCCAGACUGGAAUUAUAGUGGAUUCGAAGCCGAAGGAACUAUUCCCUGCGAUGCCAGUUAUUAACGUGAGGGCGAUCACGCAGGACAAACAGGAUUUACGAAACAUGUACGAGUGUCCAGUGUACAAGACGAGGACGCGAGGUCCUACGGGUUUGAUAAAAAGAAAAAUAGAACAGUCCGAGCGUGAAUCUCGGAGGACUCGAGUAACCGACAAACAGUUAAUAGACCGUGAGGCAGAAGCAGGGUCUCUGAGGGAUUGGAAGAAUUAUCUGUCAUUCCGCGAAACAGAAUCCUGCACCCUCCAUGGCUUUACAAGAGUGGAUCGAUACUCGAGAUACAAAAAACUUUCAAUUGUUUAUUGUCUAUAAUCAAAC